UUGACAGGAGAGCACAAAGCUAAAGAGAAACAAAAAGAAAACCAAAAAAACAAAGAGGGCUCAAAAGCUAAGAUUGUGGAGCAAACAAAGCUCCUCAAUCCAAAAUGGCCGAUCAAAGCCUCUGAAGAAAAGAGAAAGCUGAGGGUUUGAUUUCCCGAAAUUUGCAAGAGAGUCAGCAAAAGAAUUAAGAUCUCUGGAGAUGGUGUGGAUGGAUGCAAGAGAGUCAGCAAAAGAAUUUCUUGAUAUUCUUAUCAGUCAUCACCACACACUGAACUCUCUUGGAAGACUUGGACUAAGCAACCUGGGAAAUGUCCCCGGUUGAUUUCCAAGUAGAAUUAUCAAACUUGAUUUUUCUCAUAAAUAAUAUAGACUUAGUAAAUCAUGUAUUUCUACCCUAUUAUUAAAUCCAUUACUCUCGGAAUGCUAUGCUAAGAGUGACUCUUGACUCUUGACUGGUGACAUGCAAACUGGUCUUUCACUCUUGCUUGACUCAAGAAACAGAAAAAAAAAAUGGAGCUUCGAAAUGGCGGUUGAACUUGAGUUGAGAAAUGUAUGCAUGGCAUGUAUGCUGUGCGCCUAUAUAUUAUAUAUACUUGAUGAUAUUAUAAGUCUGACAGUCAGUCUCACAGCUCAACUUAUUCAUCUCAUCUCUCUCUCGUGUUACGCCGACCACCACCACCAUGAUGUGUUCACAUCACCGGGGUGGCUCCUUCUCCUUCCUCUUUUCCAUUCCAUCAUGCUUCUUCUUCUUGUUCAUAUUAGUGCUAUUAUCCUUAUCAAGCUCCUCCUCAUCAACUAAUGCACUCAGCGCCCAUUCACAACAAUGUCUGGACCUUCUCGACCUCAAAAAAGGUUUCAUCAAGCUCAAUGAAAGCGACUACUACUACUACCACGGGCCUGCAACAACUUCACUUCCGCACUGGCAUGCUGGCACAAACUGCUGCGGGUGGGAAGGAGUCAGCUGCGACAAAGCAUCCGGUCUCGUUGUCUCUCUUGACCUCAGCGAGAGGUAUAUGGGAGGCAACAUUAUGCCCUCCCUUUUCAACCUCACCUCCAUCCAAACACUCAAUCUUGCCUACAAUGACUUCAAUCAGAGUGCCACCCUGCUUUCGGAUUUCGACAAACUGGCUAAUCUCACACAUCUCAAUCUUUCUCAUUCCGGACUGCUGGCAGGCCAAGUCCCCAUGGGCAUCUCUCGCCUUACAAAGCUCAUAUCUUUCGACCUCUCCUCAUAUUCGUAUGGCCCAUAUGCUUUGAAGCUGGAGAAGCCUGAUCUUGGUACUCUCAUCAGAGACCUUUCUAAUUUAAAAGAGCUCUAUUUGGAUGGAGCCAAUAUCUCUUCUAGUGGGACGGAGUGGUGUCAUGCCAUCUCUGACCCCGCUCCUGGCCUUCAAGCUCUCAGCUUACGAGACUCUUCACUCUCUGGACCGAUUGACAGCUCACUAUCCAAGCUCCGGAAUUUAUCAAUUCUUCGCCUUCAUGGUAACGAUCUUUCGUCCCAAGUGCCAGACUUCUUUGCAAAUUUUUCUUCUUUAACUGAACUAAGUCUCAGUGAGUGUGGGCUUCAAGGUGUGUUUCCGACUGGCGUGUUUGAACUCUUGAGCUUGAAGACACUUGAUCUUUCAUUUAAUCCGAUGCUAGCAGGGUUUCUCCCAGAAUUCCCAUUAAAUAGCUCUUUGGAGACAUUGACUAUUUACCAUACGAAUUUCUCUGGGAGUUUGCCAAAUUCUUUGGGAAACUUGGAAUCCUUGAUAUACUUGGAUCUUUCUGAUUGUAAUUUCUCAGGGUCAAUACCUUGGUCGAUUGGGAAUCUCAGUGAAUUGGUUUCUUUAGACCUCUCCUCUAAUUAUCUCUCCGGGUACCUGCCACUAAUGCUUGCUGGUUCAAAAUUUUCAACCAUUGAUCUUUCUUCUAAUUACUUUAUUGGGCAAAUCCCAAGCAGUCUCGGUCAUGCACAUCACCUUACAUCACUUCAUCUAGAGGACAACUUAUUGACUGGAUCUAUCCCCAUGUCUUUGUUCACACUUCCAAUAUUAGAGGAGUUAUAUCUAUCUGACAACAAGCUCUCUGGUCAACUGCAAGAAUUCACAAAUGCAUCUUCUAUAUUGCAAUAUGUUGAUCUACCUGGCAAUAAUCUCGGUGGGAAGCUCCCAAAAUCACUUGUUAAUCUCUCUGCUCUCAUCUCACUUGAUUUAAGUUCAAACAACUUUGAUGGUUCAGUGGUGGGAUUAGAGUUGUUUGGCCACCUUCAAAAUCUCACAUACUUGGAUCUUUCAGGCAUUGACUUGUCAAUCUCUGACCGAAAUGUUGGUUCUUCUCUUCUGUUUCCAUCUCUCGAUACCUUGAUAUUGCAAUCUUGCAAUCUGAUGGCUAUCCCAUCUUUCUUGAAGUAUAAGGAGAAUAUGGAACUCCUAGACCUUUCAAACAAUAGAAUUCAUGGGAUUAUACCCAAGUGGAUAUGGAGCAAUGGGAGCUACGGCGGGUCUAUGAAUUUAUCUUGCAACUUAUUUACUGAUAUUGAGAGGCCACGUCCUGAUCCUCUAACGAUGAUGAGCAUUAACAGCCUUGAUCUACAUUCUAAUAUGCUUCAAGGACAAAUUCCCCUUCUCCAAUCACAAUUUUUGGAUUAUUCAAACAACUAUUUCACUGGUUCCAUUCCGGUUAAUAUAUCUGCUUACCUGCUUGACACUUCUUUUUUUUCUUUGGCCAACAACAAUCUCACUGGAGAAAUCCCCACAUCCAUUUGUCAUACAAAUCUUAGAGUCCUUGAUCUUUCAAACAAUAGCUUGAGUGGUUCAAUCCACAAAUGUUUGUUAGAGAGCCUUUCUAAUUUGCAGGUACUUAACCUUAGAAGGAAUCAAUUUCAAGGAAUCCUUCCUCGAAACAUCAACUCAAGUUGCUCGUUGGUAAUAAUCAAUUUUUAUGGAAACCAGUUGGAGGGAGAAAUACCAAAGUUUUUAGCCAAAUGUGAACAACUUCAGUUUCUAGAUAUUGGAAGCAAUAAAUUAGCAGACUCUUUUCCAUAUUGGUUAGGAAACCUUCCCGCAUUGAAAGUCCUUGUUCUCAGGGAAAAUAAAUUUUAUGGAUACUUCGAAUGUCCUCUUGUAGCGUCUGUGGGCAAUCACACUUUUGAAGUUAUGCAAAUCUUAGACAUUUCGUCUAACAACUUCACUGGCAAUCUACCAUUGGAUUGCUUCACAAGAAUGAAGGCUAUGAUGAUUCAUCGAGAAGGGGAUGGAACAAUUGGAUUCUCAUAUAAUAGUGCCGACCUAGUGAAAUAUAAUAACUUGAAAUUAAAUAAGAAUCAAGCGAGACCUGUUACGCGAUCGUGUCUGCUAAUCUACGCUUGUCCUUCAGACGGCUCUUAUAAUCCAGCAUCAACAUAUUAUGAGGACCUAGUUACAAUAGUUGCAAAGGGGUAUAAGAGGGACCAAACAAAGAUUCCAGCAACGACUUCAUACAUUGAUGUCUCCAACAACAGAUUAGAAGGCACUUUACCUGAAGUGAUUGGGGAUCUUAAGUCACUUAAUUUCUUGAACAUGUCACUAAAUGCUUUCAAGGGCCAUAUUCCUCAAGUUUUUGGAAAUUUAAGGGAACUAGAGUCUUUGGAUCUCUCAGGAAAUCAACUCUCCGGUGAGAUUCCAAACUCUUUAACCUCCCUAACAUUCUUGUCUGUCCUGAAUCUAUCAAACAACAACUUAGUAGGAAGGAUACCACAAGGAAACCAGUUCAACACGUUUCCCAAUGCUUCAUUUGAAGGAAAUCCUGGACUUUGUGGCUUCCCGUUAUCAAGACACUGUGUUAAUUCAACAAGCAUGGAGCCUUCUACAGAUCUCAACAACGCAUCUCAUGAACUCGACAUGGAAGAGAUCUGGAUCUGGAUGUUCAGAGGGUUAGGGUUCGGAGUGGGAUUUGCAUUGGCCAUUUUCCAUCAACUGUUGUUUACCAAACUCAAAAUAUGGUACAAGAGGAGGUUCAGGUAAAAACUCAAUCCCAUUUUUUUUUUUUUUCAACUAGCAAAUAAGGGUGUUUUUCUUAAAUUGCCUGUUGUUGUAGUAUUGUACUUUGGUUUAUGUCUAUUGCAUCACUGUAAAAAUUACUUUUACUUUGUCAUGUAAUAAGAUGUGUCAUAAGAUAUCUAUACUAAUGAGAUUUGUUCU